UACUUGAGGAAAUAUUCAAAAGGCAAGAGAAGAACAGAGGGACAGAAAAGAGCAGGGGCUUGAGAACCUUAGUCAGGCUGCUGGGAAGACAUUUAGUUUCAUUCCUGUAUCGUACGAAUGAGUAAAAAGGCCUUAAAGGCACAUUGACUUUUCAAUACCAUGGAAGACUUGGUCCAUAGCGGUUAAAUUAGAGGAAAGUGAACUGGUUGGAAGCUGGUGACGAUGAGAGAAGCUGGAAGCCAGAGAGGACAGUCAGAACUGGAGCGGAAAUGAGCAUCUGAGUAGGAGGUCCAGGGUUUUGGGAAGGAACAGGUUUUCUUUCUUUCUUUUUUUUUUUCUUCAGACAUUGACUAAAGGGAAGGUUUGUCUGUUGGUAGGAGUAGGAAGUCAGAACAGAGGUAUUGUGGGGUAGGUUUGUUCAGAACAGAAACCAAAGACCAACUUUCCUGAGCAAAAGAAAGAACACCUGCAAAUGAAAUGCUGUUUCUGCAGCUUCCAUUGCUGCUGGCUCUCCUCCCAGCUGCUGACAGUGAGGACGGUUUCCAGGAGCCAGUCUCCUUCCAAAUCAUCCAUAUCUUCUCCUUUUACAACCAUUCCUGGGAACAUUCUGUGGGCUCGGGUUGGUUGGGGGAGUUGCAGACUCACGGCAUGAAUAGCAGCUCUGACACUGUCAUUUACCUGUGGCCUUGGUCCAGGGGCAACUUCAGCAAUGAGGAGUUGAUGGAAGUGGCAAGGUUAUUUCAGACAUUCUUCAUUAGAUUUGCUCAGGCAUUUCACAACCAUGCCAUUCAGUGGAUGCUUCAAUAUCCCUUUGAGGUGCAGAUAGCAGGAGGCUGUAAGCUGCGCUUUGGGGAAGCCUCAGUAGGCUUUGUGCAGGUUGCUUUUCAAGGAUCAGAGUUCCUGAGCUUCCAGAACAAUUCAUGGUUGCCCUCUCCAGAGGGUGGAGAGACGGCUCAGCUUGUCUGCAGACUAUUCAAUUUGUACCAAGGCACCCAGGAAAUAAUACACAGGCUGCUCAGUGACACCUGCCCACGUUUCCUCUUGGGUCUUCUUGAUGCAGGGAAGGCAUAUCUCCAGCGACAAGUAAGACCAGAGGCCUGGCUGUCCCCUGGCCCCAGUCCUGGUCCUGGCCACCUGGUGCUGGUUUGUCACGCCUCUGGCUUCUACCCAAAGCCUAUUUGGGUGACGUGGAUGCGGGGUGAACGGGAGCAACAGGGCACUCAGAGAAGCGACGUCAUGCCUCAUGCCGACGGGACGUGGUAUCUUCGGGUGUCCUUGGAAGUGGAAGCCAGAGAGGCACCUGGCCUGAGCUGCCGGGUGAGACACAGCAGUCUGGGGGACCAGGACAUCGUCCUCUACUGGGGGCAUCGCAGCUCCGUGGGCUGGAUCUUCUUGGCAGUGACGGUGCCCCUGCUGCUCCUGGCAGGUCUUGCGUUUUGGGCUCGGAAGCGCCGGACACUCUGUCAACCCGCAAGCUCUCAUCUCCCUUUGGAAUGAGAUCCCAGCAGCUCAGGAGCUCAGGAUGUAGCUAAACACAGCCCGGUGAUGCUGGCCUUCAACUCUCCAUGUACAACUUUUUUUUGUUUUUAUUUAUUUCUGCUUAAUGAUCAGUUGUCCCUAUAAGCUCAGUGUAAUUUUGCAGGAUUUGUAGUUCUAACCUAGUUUAAGGAACUUAAAAUUUUCAACUUUAAAAAUUUAAAUUCUGAAUGGAAUGAGGUCCUAGGAACCUUCCCGUAUUCAAAUAUGAAUGUAUAGCUAGACUUACUUCAGGUAACACUUCCUCCUGAGAACCUUCCCUGAUUCACUAGUGGAAGCUGUCUCUGCCUCGUCUGAACUCCCACCACAAAUUAACUGUAGUUUGCUAAGUCUCCCCCUCACUUCAGACCCCUUCUUGCAGCUAUUAUGUCCCUUUUCCCUUAUAAUUAUUAAGCUUCUUGAGAGCAAAGUCAAUGUUUUUCUACUAUUUGUGUCCUUGGCGAAGUGUCUUACCUGCAUGUACUACAUUAUCAAUAAAAAAUCUGUAUUAUAUUUUA